ACCUACAUGGGCCGACAUUAUGAACUGGGCCUACUAAAACAAUGUUUGUGCUCGGGAGCUGGCCCACUAAUUUCUUUGUGUGCCGAUUCGAUUCGAUGUGAUGGAUUGAUUCCAUCCAUGGUUUCUGUUCGUCCUUUUCCUCGUAUUGCUACUCCGGAUUGAGCCAAACCCUAGGCCGUGGGGGGCUGACGGAGGGCGCGGUGAGCGGGGUCUCCACUAUCGAUAGCAUGCGUGGCGGGUACUCUGGCCGCUGUGGCUUCGCUGGCGGCCGGCAUAGCAGCAGCCGCAGCAACGAUGGCAGGGGAUACCACGGGAACCCUUGCUUGACGAUGCACCAACCGUGGGCGUCCCUGCUGGUGCACGGCAUCAAGCGUGUCGAGGGCCGCUCAUGGCCAUCCCCAAUCACAGGCCGCCUGUGGAUUCACGCAGCAUCCAAGGUUCCUGACCCCGACACUAUCAAAGCCAUGGAGGAUUUCUACAGGGAGAUUUAUGCCGUCGAUGGCAUCACUGGCAUCAAGUUCCCUGAUCAUUACCCUGUCUCACGCCUCCUUGGCUGUGUUGAGGUGGUAGGCUGCCUCAGGUCUGAAGAGCUUGUUUGCUGGGAACAUGUGCCUGAGUCUGUCAGGCUUGAAGGGCUGACUGACUUUUGUUGGCUCUGUGAAAAUCCACAGAAGUUGGUGGUUCCAUUCGAGAUGCGUGGUUACCAGGGUGUCUACAAUUUAGAAAGAAGGAUCUAUGAUGGGGCUGUGAGGGGCCUUUUACCUGUUCAAGGUCCACUGCCUGUCAAGUUCCCUCUUCCAGAUCCCAGAGACCCCUUCUCCUUGAAGCCAGGAUCUCUUACAUUUGCUGCUUCCAAACCCACUCUGCAAAAAUCUGAAAGUGUUGCUGCAGCAAUAGCCGGGGCUCGAGCUGCAGCCACUCAAUUCUCAAAGAAGGAUCGCAAAGCUGCUGCUAGUAGUGAAAUUGGUACAGAAGAGCAAUCCUGGGGAAGCCAUGGCGGUAGCAGUUCAGUUGAUUGCAAUGGUCUGUCAAUUGUCCAUGGCAGCUAUGCGCAUCUACAGAACCAGAAUCGGCCUUCAAUUUUCCCGAGCACUCAAGCGAAUUCCCAAAAUCCAAAUUCUGAGCCUCGGAGAAGCCCUAGACUAGAAUUUGGAGCUUCCAAUAGGUGGCACUGAGUGAACUGAAGCAGUUAAGCUUGAGCAAGAAAGGAACAGGACAAGCAGUUCCCAGAAGCUGACCAAUGCAAGCUAACAAGUAGUAAUGCUUGUCAUAGCCCAUAGGGCGAGAGAGUGUGUUUGUAGAAAGAUGGGUGAUGUUUGCAGAAUUCAUGGUAGCUUGUAAUUAAGUAUAUGCUCCAGUGCUGGAAGUGUUGCCAUUGUGUGAAUUAUUAAUGCUUGUCGUCACACGUACGUACGCUAGCAGUGUCAUCGCUGAGGCGGGCUCUUUUGGCAUUUGGUUGUCAUAGGACCUACCCGGCUCUGACCUAUAUGCUCUUAGGAAUUUUCUUAGGAGUUUGUUUGUAACGACAGAAUGGGAUGGAAUAUGACGAUUCUUUAAAUAAGGUUGUUUGAUUAAGAUAUUGGAAUAAGACUAUCUUAGUGUUGUCUUCAA